AUGAAAGAUACAGGCAGAUAUUCAGAUAAUGGAGAAUUUCAAGGAUAUAUGGAUCAAUAUUUAUGGGAAAUAUAUCAUGAAAAGUUAUUUGAGACUGCUAAAAAACAAGUAGAGAUUGAAAGAUAUAUGCUUAUCAAUGGAAUGCUUUAUAGUCAAGAAAAAGAAAUUGUUAAAUAUAAUAUACAAGAGAUAACUAACAGAGAAAUUCUCUGGGGACAAAUUUUAGAUAGUUUAGAUUUAGAUUAUUGCUAUAUUGAUGAUAAUGAUAUUCCAGAACUGCUUGUAUAG